CACAUGUCUUCCCCCCAACACGCGAACCUCUGUCUUCGAGAGACGCCCAUGCAAGCAACCAAGGUGACCAGACGGCACGCAGACACUGAGGCACGUCACACGGCCUAUCCCAAUGGUGCUAUCAGACGCACCGACACACAGCCUAGAAGACCAAUCCACCCACCCGCAAUCCCCACCACACAGCUUUGACGAUUCCUCUACUGCUUGUAUUUCUCGAUGGCCUUUCUCAUUUUGGGCUUCUCGGCAGCGAUCUCCCAUGGCGUCACACCCUGUUGUCAUGACAUCGCAUCACGCAAAGGAAUCGGUGACAGACAGACGUGUGAGGACUUACUUCGUCGUUUUUGAUGUCCAGCAGCUGCGCACCGCCCCACUCCAGCAGCUGAGCCGCAGCAGCUGUGGCGAAGGGCCGGCCAGCAGCCAGGUGCAGUGGCGUGUCUCCCAUCUGACGUAUCAAACAUACAACAAAGACAUUCUGUGUUUUUUCCAUCCCCCUGUGUGUGUGUCCCUUCUGUAUUUUUUCAAUCCCCCUGUGUGUGUGUCUCACGUGGUCCGUCUCUGUGAGGAGGGCGUUGCCUUUGAUGGCGUGGAUGGCCACCAUCGCGUCAACAGCACCAUUGUGAGCAGCCUUGUGGGAUGCUGUCCGCUUGAU